AUGACUAUAACUUACAUACAAGCUGUGGGAAUAGAAGUAGAUAGUGAUUUAUUAAAUCAGGAAGGACAUCAUCAAGCUGAUUCAGAAGGUCAUGUUCAUUUCCCGGCUGAGCAAGUGCAGGAACAUGAUUUAGAAAUAAUCGUCAAGUCAGGGGGAGACAAUCAAGUGGAUGUACAUCUGGGCUUUCUACAGUUUAAACAUCUGUAUGAAGUAAAGUUUUGUAUCAAGGAUGAUCUGGGAGAAGAUGUAGAUUAUGAUCCGCUACAGAAUUUACACGUAAAAAUAGAAAAUGUCCAGCCUACAGAAGAUGGUACUGGCCAUGAAAUAUUGUUAAAUUUUAACGCCCACAGAGAAAAAUUACUGACAGAAUCUAUUUUGUUAAAGAGUAGAAAUGAUAAAGAAAAAUAUCUCACCUUAGUUUUACAUGCCAGAGUUUUAGGUGGGUAUUUUUUAUAG